AUGGACCCACACACUACCCUCAAAGGCAUUCCUCCUACAAUUGACGAUGAGUAUGACAUCAUAAUUAGUGGAGGCGGAACCUCUGGAGGCGUUGUCGCUGGUCGUCUUGCUGCCACAGAUCCUAAUUUAAGGAUCCUCGUUUUGGAAUGCGGCCCUCAUACACUAAAUAUGCUGGACCAUGUUCAGCCGGGCAGGAACUCUCAGCAUCUUCUUCCCGAGACAAGCACUAUGCGCUUUCAUAUGGAGAAUGGGGGAGACGCUCUAGGCAACCGCCUGCUUGUAGUUCCUACUGGCCAAUGUCUCGGUGGAGGGUCUGCCACGAACUACACGAUGUAUAAUCGGAGUUUUCCUUCGGACUACGACGACUGGGAGGAAAUAUACAACAAUCCAGGGUGGGGCUUUGUCGAUUUGUUUCCCUUGAUGAAGAAGACAGAGACAUACGAGAUCAAGCCUGAUGAUCCUACGCAUGGUUACGAGGGUCCUAUCAAAGUCGGCUAUGGCGGUUGGUAUCAGCCGUACGCCAAGGAGUACUUAGAUAUGGCAAGGCAGUACGAUAAAGAAAGAGCAGGGACUGACGACGACGAUACUAAUGACUUCAAAACUAUCAACAAAUUUGUCGUACGUUCUUCGCCGCGGUCUGAUGUUGCGCACAACUUCCUCUACAAUCAGUCCGACAAUAAGAAUCUGCACAUCGCGACCUACGUAUACGUAAAUUGCGUUAUUUUCGAAGGGACGCGUGCUGUCGGUGUCGAGUAUCAAUGGAACCAACGAUUCUUGCCGAACGCUGACAAAAACAACCAUGUCGUUCGUGCAAAGCGCAUGGUGUUGUUAUCGUCUGGGACGUUUAGCUCACCGGGUAUUCUUGAACGUUCGGGUAUUGGAUCGUCUGAGGUGCUCAAGAAGAAUAACAUCGAGACUUUUGUCGACUUACCCGGAGUUGGAGAGAAUUAUCAGGAUCACAAUUCGGUAUUUGCGACUUACGUUGCAGAUCCCGAGGCUCAGACGCUUGACCCAAUAAAUAGGAACGAGCCUGAGGCUAUGGCAGCCGCCAAUGAGGAAUGGGAGAAGACUCGCACAGGGCCUUUGGCUUCGAACGGCGUUGAUGUUGGCAUCAAGUUCCGUCCGUUUCCUCAUGAAGCUGCGUCCAUGGGACCUGAAUAUCUCAAGCGGUACAACGAGUACUUGGCCAAUGCCCCGGACAAGGUUCCUUUUUUGAUGGUCUUCAUGGGAUUCCACUUGGGAAAUUCGGCGUUGGUUGAACCUCAGAGCUACUUCGCAAUGGUCGGCUACCAUGCAUACCCACUUGCUCGCGGCAGCGUCCAUGUCACAUCAGCGGAUGAUGCUAGUGCCCCAGUCGAUUUCAAAUCCGGUUUUUUUCGAAGAGUAUGUUCUUUGAUCUAUCUUGCUUUGAAAUUCUUCUACAAAUACACUCGAGAACUGGCGCGUCGUGCUCCGUCGUUCAGAGGAGAGUAUGCCCCACUUCACCCUACCUUUCCCACAGGCAGUAAGGCAAGUCUAUCCGAAAGCAAGGAGCCAGUUCCGCUUGACGCGCCAAAACUGGAGUAUAAUGAGGAUGACGAGAAAGCCCUCGAAACAUGGAUACGAAAAACUUCCGGCACAACGUUCCACUCUAUGGGUACGUGUGCUAUGAAACCGCGAGAGGAUGGGGGCGUUGUCGACAACAAGCUGAACGUAUACGGUACCCAAGGUCUCAAAGUCGCAGGUAUAUUGUUCCAUUGCCCAGCGAACGUCAGCUCCAAUACUUAUUCCGUUGCCCUGACGAUUGGCGAGAAGGCGGCGGCCAUCAUUGCUGAGGAGCUUGGGAUCACAGGCUUCUGA